GUAACAACACAAGCUCCUCUCUCCCUAUUGUUUUCCCCAGCUCUCCACUUUGCUACGAGUACCUACUACCAACCCCCCAGCCACCAGCCAUUGGCACAACCACCUCCAACAACAACAACACCAGCCGCCACCCGUCCUUCCAAGCUGAACCUACCUCGUACUCGACCACCCAGCAAUAACUACCUAGGUACCUAACCACCUACCACGAAGACGCUCUUCCCUCUUCAUCCAGCGCAACGCAACCCAGCGCAACGCAUCCAGCUGCACAUGCGCGUCACCUCUCCCGGCAGAACAUGAUCUAAUCUCGCACACAAUGUCCUUCUCCUAUGACCGCUAUGACCGCCGUCAGCCUUCACGCCGAACCACCUUUGGUUACUGGGUCCCCUUAGUCUUCACCGUCACCGUCGCCACCGCUGGCGUUGCCGCUUGGGUUUGGAGCGCCCGCCAGGACGAGGAUGAUUCCUCUGACGAUGCCGACUUGAGCUAUGGCGAAGAGCAGAGAGACUACAAAGCCUCGCAGGGUUCGCGCGACGCUGCUUCUCAUGGCAUUGCGCGCGAGGACGAUUCCCUGAUGGGACGCGUACAGGGUGUCAUCCGACGAACCCCCAGCCCACAACAAUUCUUUGACACCGUCAGCAAGAAGACCGUCGCGGGUGUUGCUGCAGCUGGAGCCAUGGCCGGUGCUGCUUUGGCAUCCAUUCGCGAAGAGGACAGGGACGACUUGAACGGUGACCACACCAGAUGGUCUGAGGAAGCAGCUCUUCGGCGCAACGUCGAAGCGCAGUCUUCCCAGAGCAAUGCCGCCGUCGAUGCCCAGACCAGAUCAUUUGCAGCCUCGGUUCGCAGUGGCCCACAGUACUCUGGUAAGAGGAAGACGGUCGUGUUGGUGGUAUCCGCCGAAUCACUCAUGGAUUUACACGACGAUGAUGGUUCUUAUCGAUCAGAAAAUGCUACCAUUCUAUCCCACCUUCCCAAUGUUGACUUCAGUCGCACCAAAGUCUUUGUCCUGAUCUACUCGCCUUCUUUGCGUUCGCGUCCCAAUUCUCGUGUUGGUGCUGCUUCGCUUGGAUCCUCAUACUCCGCCAUAUCGACUCCAGCGCAGACGCCUGGCGAAGAACUCAAGUCAAUUGAUCCCCAGCCCGAGGACACCAUCUAUACCCCUGCACUAUCGGCCAGGAGCUCCGACAACGUCCUCUGGAACACUCUACAUGCCCAGGCACUUCGGUUGGUCGAAGACCCCGCGAUGGUCAUGCCUUUUACCACACCUACUGGCCAUGUACAUAUGCUGAAGCACCUCAGCCCAGAUCUUGUAUAUAUCGUGGAUGCAUUGAGUGGACCCCGUGGCGCCAACGUAGAGGACAUUAAGCGCUGGGUCGGCCAGACGAUCGUAGUUGUAGGCAGUGACGGCACUGGCCUCGGAGGCCUGGUUGAUACAGACGAUGAAGGCCCUGUGUCUAAGUCGAAAUCAGAGCACAGCCAUCUCGCCAGCAACAAUUGGUGGGAGAGUGCCGACAUGGUCGGACUCGGAAAGGGCGUGGAAGUAGUCGAUGCUUCCAGACUGACUGACGAUUUCGAAAGAAGGGUUGGAGGUCGCGAGUAAAUGCUGAGUGUCUGAGACGGAAUGUUUUACAUAUGAUAACCCUUUUCUGUGAGUAAUUUAUGUUGCUAUUUGCUAGUAAAAGUAACGAAAUAUGAAUGUUUGAUGUCGGCAGUGGGCGCAUGUCUUAGCUAUAUCCACGAACCGAGGUGUAUGUCUAUCAUGGUAUUGAACUGUUUCAUCUGUACUUGUCGCGGAACUGUUCAU